AUGUCGCUAGAUUUGGCAUUCAUUCUGUGUGGGUUGGGCUUGGGCUUUCUGCUACUCGAAGGUGGCAAAGCGGAGUCUGAGGCCUCCUUCGACUACUGCCAGCCAGGUUUAUGUCCCCGCUCGAAGCGACACAUUGCCUGCUCGAAGAACCUUGGAAACUUUUGCAUGCAGUGUCCACGCAAUGCCACGUCAUUGGUUAAUCUCACAGACUAUCAAGCGCUGAUUCUCAACGAGCACAAUGCACUGCGGAAUGCCCUGGCAGCUGGGAAGAGCAACAAUGAUCUGCUGCCCCUGCCCGAUCGCAUGGCCACGAUGCAGUGGCAUCCCGAACUGGAGUACCUUGCCACCGUGUGUGUCAUGCAUUGUGCGCUGCUAAACGAGCCCUGCCACAGCACCAGAGAGUUUCGGAAUCCUGGACAGAACAUGGCACUGAUUCAUGUAAACUCCUCGCUGCCCGCGGAGAAUCGCACGGAUGAGGCGCUGAUCAAGGAUUCCAUUGCGGCCUGGUGGUCGCCGCUGGCCAAUGUGACGGCCGAGCAAGUGCUGAGGUUCCCCAAAGCCAAGCUGCGGAAUUCCCUGCGCAAUUUUGGUGUGAUGGCCCGCGACAACAACACCUUUGUGGGCUGCGCCGUUGUGCGUUUUGUGCGUCGUCGGCUGGAGCCUCAGUUUCUGCUGGCCUGCAACUAUGCCAGCAACUAUCUAGUGGAUCGUCCCAUCUAUAGGGCAAAGGCAAUGGGCUGCCAAAGGGGCGCAGAUUCCAAAUAUCCCGCACUGUGCCGCACGGGGGAGCCGUAUCCGGAUGUAGCGCCCAACGAGAGCAGCAACCGACAGUCGCGGGGCUAAAAAUGUGUUUGCUAGAGGCGUUCGGGGGUAUGGUGUGGCACACACACACUCACAGUCUAUUUAACAUGUUGAUUUGUGUCGGAAUACGUGGUGGUCAUAUAUCAUCCACCAGGGCAGACACCUGCACCAUUCCCAUAUCCAUCCAUGUAGCCAUUUCGCAGACCUUCCCCCAUCAUCAUCUAAAAUAUGAUACGCGUUGUUUUCGCGGGUGUGUGGGGGGACAAGUUGGCAUCUAAUUUUAACGUCAAUAUACAAAAUGUAAGAACGUGUCUUCAUCAGCAUCGUAAUACACCAGCCCCAGCCCCAGACCCAGUCCCACCCCCACACACACUCUAAGUGCCUAUUAAUAAUGUUGCCUCGCUGCCUGCUAAAAAAAAAAAAGGAAAAAAAUACGUAAAAUGUUUUUUCCUGCCUGGCUUUUAUAUUUUUAGUGGCAGCUACUUCUAUGCCGUUUAAUAUGCCGUAACUUUGUCAAAUCCGAGGCUCAUUAAAGCAGCGUGGAAAAAGAGAAACCAAAAAAUGUCACACAAUUUUUUGUCACAAUUAAUUUCCUGCUAAUGCGGUCGACGACACAACACAUCCAUUGUGACUUAAUUAAAUUUCAACUGGAAUUAGUAACAAUGUAAACUUAUUGCCAUGGAAAAAUAUACACACCCCUGCGCCCCUAGCCCACUUAUUUAUUGCUAAUUAUGUUUUGCGAAUUUUUCACUUGUUCAUUUUGACGAAAAAUAUUCAAAUCAGUCGCUCAUUAAAAGCCGUGUAAAACUAACAGGGCCAACAAAACUCCAACUCGCAGCACAAAAUGCUGCCUCAUAAAAUCAUGAAUGCGUGCAGCAUAUAUAAAGCGAAAUAUAAAAUUA